UUCCGCCCCAGUGUAUCCUGACGUAGCGUAGCGCGCGGUUGCUUUUACGUGAACGUGCGGCCGUGCGCCAGUUUUGGUCCAGUUGACGGGCGGUAUAAUCACGUGCCCGAGAUUCUCGUGGGUAGUGAUUCCGGGGUUUUACGACAGCCGAGCAAUAUUAAUCUCGUCCAACCGAACCAAACAAAAAACGAAAGAAAGAUAUUUUCAAACUACCAAACCUCCAACAGCUUACAUCUUUAAAUAUUCACACCAGCCCAAGCGUGGACGGCCCUCAUAUAUAUGUGUGUGUAUGUGCAUAAAUCGGGACGAAGAUGUGAAGUGUGAGCCGUGAAAGAACGGAGACGGAGAAGAAACGCGUGAAGCCAAGUGAAAAGUGUAUUUCCCGUGCAAUCAACAUUUUAAUGUCCACUCCAAAAAACCAAUGCACACCAAUGAGACUGAAGGGAAGCGGCACCCCGGCGGGAAGGGCAUGCAUUUGUUUCGGUGCAUUACGCGGAUGAAUAAAGCGCGCGCUAGCCACAGUUCACGCAUCGGCGAGCAGUGCUGAAAGUGGCGCCUGGGCACGGGUGUAACGCUGUUGAGUGAGUUGGUUCAGGGAAAGUUACGCCACGAUGGAGCAUGCCGGAGCGCGCUGUAGAUGCAGCUGAGGCACUCUGAAUUGUACUGGUGCUGGUAAACCUUCUUUUAGCGAUCGCGAUACGAUGUGCACGGAUCGGUAAGGACGCUUAGGUGAAGUGUUUCGCCCGCAACAAUGGGCGCUGGUGCAUUUGCAAUAAGUACGUGCAGCAAGUGAGUGAGUGAGUGAGUGAAUGAACGAGCGUUUGGUGCAAAAGUGAAGCACGGUUUAAUGCUAACCAAAGUGGUAGUGACUCAUCAUCAUCCCUUCCUUGUGUGGUGGUGCUAGUGAGAAGUUUUUAAGAGUGCGAAAUAAAAUCAAACAAAACGCCCGAAAGCAGGGAGAACAGAAGGAUUCAGAGGGAUUAAGAAGGACCGUUUUGAGCGUUGCGCAUUAGCGUGGUGUGUGUUUGUGUGUCUAUGUGUGGAAGCUAGCGGUGGUAGUGGUCCCAAGAAACAGUGAGUGAGAACGUAAAAACAAAAUACAAAAACACCGAACAAACCGAAUGCAGCAGUAAGCAGCAGCAGUAGCAGCAGCAAUUGAGCGCCACCGCGAUGGGAUACAUAAAUCUGCUGGAACUAAAGCUUUUGUUAAAUAUAUCAUUAGUCGUGCUGCUGGUAAACGGACAUGGCACUCAGACGGAGGCACAGCCGGAGUUUCUGGCACCGCUGGACAAUCUUACGGUGACGCAAGGCCGUGACGUUUCGUUCACUUGCGUCGUCAACAAUCUCGGCCAAUACAGGGUUGCGUGGAUAAAGUCCGACUCGAAGGCGAUACUUGCCAUCCACACGCACAUGGUCGCCCUGAACCCGCGCCUAUCCGUCACCCACAACGGGCACAACACGUGGAAGCUGCACAUCUCGCACGUGCAGCUCAACGACUCCGGCAGCUACAUGUGCCAGGUGAACACGGAUCCGAUGCGACAUCAGUCGGGCAACCUGGACGUGGUCGUGCCGCCGGACAUACUGAACGAGAACGAGCCCAACACGCUCGAGGGCGGCGUAGCGAACGAAGGUGGCAACGUGCAGCUGGUCUGCCAGGCGACGGGCGUACCGGAGCCGGCCGUACAGUGGAGGCGCGAGAAUGGAAAGGACAUCGUCGUACGGACGGAGGGCCGCGAAAAACAGGUCGUAAAAUUCGUCGAGGGCGAACGGCUCGUCCUGAAUCAGGUGCAGCGGACCGACAUGGGCGGAUAUCUGUGCAUCGCGUCGAACGGUGUACCACCCUCCGUCAGCAAACGGUUCGAUGUGCAAGUUAACUUUCCGCCAAAUGUGAAAGCAGGAAACCAGCUUGUAGCCGCACCGGUUGAAAGUCAUGUGCUGCUGCAAUGUAUCGUGGAAGCAUUCCCGACCCCACUGAACGGUUGGCACAAACAUGACGGUAUGAAGCUUUACGAGGGUGAAAAGUACACCAUCAGCGAGGAAAAGCUCAACGCCUACACCUGGCAGCUGAACCUGACCGUGAAAAACCUGCACAAGGGUGACUUUGGGCCGUACAUUUGCUCAAGCAUCAACGCGCUCGGAAAGUCGGACGCGAGGAUACGUUUGCAAGAGCUACACCUACCACCGAAACCGACAACAACGCCAACACCCUACGUACCGUCGACAGUGAAGCAACCGCGCCGAAAGCAACACUACGGCACGCACGGCAAGGGACAUGAGGCGGGCAAGGGCGCGAACACCUUCAACCGUGACACCUACAUCAUCAACCACAUCCAGGAGAACGACUAUCUCGGCAGCCUGAUAGUGCAUGAAGGUAACGGCCACGGACUGGUGGGCAUGAACGGUGCCACCAUGGGCACGGGCAAUGGGCUGGGCGGCCCGGGCGGCACGAACGGCGGCGGGCUGGAGAAGCCACGCAACACGCAAAUGCCGGCCCCGAUCCCGUCGCGCCAACCGCACUGGAUACUGAACAACAAAUCCCGCGCGAUGGACAUCUUCAGCCACCGGCGCACGGUCGCGUUCGUUAGCUGUUGUUUGCUAAUGAUUUAUAGUCUGUUGAUGUUGCUGACGUUUACAUGAAGCUGUGCCGUGGCAGCGCCCGCAAUGGUGGCACUCCCCGCCGAAGCCACCGCAGAUCACAGGACGGCACAGCGUGUACAUUGCCGAUAAGUAGUAUGGACGAAAUUAGCCACAGCAGCAGCAGCAGCCGCGUUCGAGUACUCCUCAUCAAUCCCAUUUACGCCCGGCAGGGCCGUACCAUCCGCCAAACAAUAUGCAUAACAACACUUGCGCACCGCAAAGUGAAAGUUUGUACAACCGGACGUGACAGCAGCCGUGGCGGGGUGAGUGGUGAGCGGUGAACGAUGAUGGAGAUUUGAUGCAUUUCGAUGGUUCCGCAUCACCAGUUUGCGGUCAAAGUGUGUUUGUGUGUGGGUGCGUGGUUGUGUGUUUAUGUGCGAAUGUGUGUGUGCGAGUGUGCAAGUUAGCGUGUGUGGGUGAUUAGCGUAAAUUAAAACAGCUGUUAAAUAAACUACUUAUAAUCAGUCACACACAACAGAGGCAUGGAAACAGCAUCGACAAUGGGAGGAGGCCGUCUAACGUCCUACCCAGAGCGGUAUGUAUGAGCGUAUCAAGCAAGUGUGUAUGGGCGUGUGCGUGUGUCUGUGCGUGUAACACUAUUAACUACCGGAACAGGGAAACCGAGGCGUUGAAAAUUAAACUGCCCCACUGUGCGGACAGAAAGUGUAUUCAGUUCGAGGGAGAUCAUUUGUUACAAUUAUAAGUGCACUUUGUAAUAAAGAAAAGAGGAAACAUAACUAAUGAAACAAAACAGGAGAACAUAUAAAGCAGGAAGCUUCCAAUGGAAGAGCAGUGGGUGUUGGAAGUGAAGCGUAAAGAAUUAUCAAAGUUAGUGAAUGGUGUAACAAAGAUUUAUAAAACAAAACAGUGUCAAAAUGAGUAGUUAAACCAUGCAUAAGAGAGCUUGUACAAAACAUAAUGGAGAGAAGAGAGAGAGGGUAAAAUCUAAACAUCCACUCCAUGUUACUUACUGUGUAUAUAGUGUUAAUUGGAAGAGUUGUUGUUGAUUAUCAUUUGAGCUAUUUAAUUUCCUUAUUUAUUCAUUUUGUUUGUUUUGUUUUGGUUUUGUUUGCUCCAUGUUUUGUUUUGGUUUUGUUUGUUGGUACAAAUAUAAGUUUCAAGUGAUGUUGUGGUUUGGUUAUUAUUAAAUUAAUAAUUAUUUAUAUCUGCCUAAUCAAAUCAGGAGCAACUAGAACGGAUGAUUUUACUAUUUUUUUAUGUUUCUUACUAUUUGUUUCUCUAUUUAAUUCCACUUUUAUGUUUUUAUGUUAUGUUUUAUGUUCGCCUUCAUAUUUCUUCUUACUUAUUUUAUUAAACGUUUUUAUUGUUUCAUUUAUUCAUUUAUUAUUUUUCUUAUUAAGUUAAUUUUAAAAGUACUACAAAUUUAUAACGUAUUUGUUAGUUUUUUUAAGCGAUUCUUUAGUACACACACCACAAACCCCAUUCAGGCACCAUAUUGAUCAUCUUAAGGCUUCUUAAUUUAUAACACAUCCUCCAAACAUCCUAUUUCCCAUAAUUUAUAUUCAAAAGCCAAUAAAUUCCACCCUGUCAUGUUCGUUUUUCGCAUCACAAACGCUACCUUUGGGCUAAGGUAACACGAGUCGAACAGCCAGCAAAGCGUGUACGAAAACCCCAUCCCCGUGGUGGUUUCGAUAAUGAAGAUCAACCCUUCGCAGUGUCCACUGCACGCAUCGGAAGGACGUUGAACCGGCUCGUGUGGAGCUAUUUGAUCCCGUGAAACCCUCCUGCUCAUAUAGCUUCGCACCGCUUAGCCGACCUCCAACAGCAGCACGGUGGUGCACAAUAAUGGUUGGGAUCUUAAUUUUCCCGCCUGUCGCGUAGCGUGUGGUUUACCGUAUAAUUUUAAUUAAUGUUUAUGCAUCAGCUUUCGCCUGUAAGCCUUUGCCGGCAGCGUGAAGAGCAUGUGUGCGUGGGAGUUUUGUUUUUCGCGCAGCGAAACUGAUACCACGCUCGGUCGAUAAUUGAGAUGUACACAUGUUUGGUUGAGUAAAUGUUGGUUUAGACAAUGUUGUGUCUGAUUUUAAAUUGGUUACUGAAAGUAUUUGCCUGAUUUUGAUGAAUUCAUAAUAAUACACUCAAAACUACAAAUAAAAUUGAGUCUCUCAACAAAUCUUCGUAAAUUUCUUCUGCGAUUGAACGUAUCCGUAUCAUACCAACAGAACGGAGCGUGAAAUUCUGCAUUCGUUCUCGCUUUAAAAUCACACAUCCAUACCAGAACUCCCAUUUUACGACCGACACGCGUCAGGUUGUCAAAUAAUUUGGGAAGUUAUUUUAGAACUUAUUAAAACUCAAUUAAUUCCAUGACAGGGUUCACCUGCGCCCGAGCACGCCCGAUCCAGCUGACGACCCGUGUUACAGUCAGCAUUCUCACGCUGCUGUUGCGAAAACUCUUACCCAAGAAUCUCUUUCCACAUUUGGCUCUAGGACCCUCUUUGCACCGGCACGUACACAAACAUGUGUGUGUGCGUGUGUCCCAUUUUUACAUUAAAAGCACAUUAAGACGACUGGCUUGUUUGUAACAUAUCCUGGAGAGAACGCAGGGAAUGGGCACUCGAUGGAAGCAAAUUUAUUUCACGCAUCAUAAAUUUCACAUACGUUUUUCUACUUAUUUUUUCUUGCGUUGCUUCAUUUUUUACCCUUUUCGACAUGAAAAGAAGUUUUUUUGUUUGUUUUGAUAUUAAGUCAUCAAAACUCUUUCAAACAUAUUAAAGCUCAUCGUGUCAUCUAUAAUUCAGAGUUCACGAAAGUAUGAAAACUAUUAUUAUAAUUUAAAAAAUAAAAGCAACACAAACAAAAACUUAUCAAUCAUCAAGCUAAGAGCUAUGCGAUCUAUUCUAUCGCUCAUGGUGAGAGUUAAUAAAUAAUAGCAUAAGUAAGAAGGUAAAUAAAUACAGAAGAUCACACAAGAAUGUUGAUGUCUUCCGUGCUAAAUCAGAAAUCGCAAAAUAGCAAAAUAAAUCAAACACAACAAACAAACAAACAAACAAAGUACAUAAAUUCACACAGUAACCGCCGUAACUGAUGUAGCAAAAUUUGUUAAACCCUUGUAACCCCCCGUUGGAUGGCAAGCAGUGCGUGAUACAUAAAGCAAAUCUUGAUUGACGUUUCCAAGCAAAAAAACACCCCUAUAUAUCUAUAAUCGAACAUUGUUCCGUUUGUUUGUGGCGUUACCCACCCACAGAGGGGAAACGCAAAUCGAAGGAAAACAAAAAGAACAAAUCCAUAAGCAGUUAUUAAACAUUACGUGAGUCGGGCAGGAUAUAACAUUUCAUCAUUGAAGGUACUAUUGUAAACAGUUACUUAUAACACAUUAACCAUUACCACAACUUAUCAUAGUUUAAUGAUGUAAAUAGAACGAUUGUAAGCAACACUGUUUCAGGCCGCUAACAAAAAAGGGGAUGGCAAGGGCACAUCGCACUGUGUCCGCUAGUCCGGAGAGGUUUCUCGGGGAAGAGAAAGCAGAUUUUACACACACGUUUUAUAAAGAUCGAGAUGAGAUGAGCGUUUUGCCACAAUUGCUUUGUUGUUUUCUGUGUACUGUUCGGUUUUUAGAACAAAAGGCAAAAGUUAAAAGGGAGAGAGUAGCAUUUACAGAUACAACAAACAAUCAUCAAUACGCUUAAACAAGAUAAGCAAAGGAAAAAAACAACAAACAUUUGAUAAUAUCCUCUAUGACGAGCAUGCACACACACAUGCUUGUAUGGGAGAAGCAUUUAAGUUUCAUGAAAUUUGCACUAUUUUACAAAUAGCAUGCGUUUUUGAAAUUUAACAACACGCCAGCCACACACACACAACAAGUGUUGCAGCAGUCAAGCAAAAGUUAAGUCUUUACACUUAAAGCAAAAAAACGUUUCUUUCCAUUUGCAAAAGGCUUUGUGUAAAAGAGAGAAGAAAAAGAAAGAGACAAAAACGAGUGAAAAUGCUUCAAAUGCUCGAUAUCAAACACAUAAAUCAAAGCAAAUCGUUAAAAAUCUUAUCUUAACAACAAAUUUACGAUCCUCUAGCAUAAUAACACACAUAUUAAUGUGCUGCUUGAUUGGCGUGCAACACAGCAGUGAGGUGAAGCGAAAAACCAAAACCAGAACAACAAAACUAAAGGGAAAUAAAUCAACUAAAAUAAGUUCAACGGUACGGAACGAUACGGGAACGACACAUCUACAUACAUACAUACAACACAAAUAGUCAAAUCUAUCUACCAUCUCAUUGAGUAAUAAAACUAACAAGACAAUAAAUAAUUUAAUGCUAGCAUUACCAAUUACGAGGUGUCAAUGAGAUGAGCCAGCGGUCCGUGACGGUUGACAAGAAGCGAGUGAAAAGAUGGAGAGCGGGCUAGAAAGAUAAACAUCAGCAAGAUGGGGCAUGUGGAUGUGGAUGGAAGGAAGUGGCCACAGUGCAAAGCGCAAAAGUUAGUUAAAUGAAAGUACUUAAACGAUCUAUAUAUAGCCUACCGAUGAAAUAAAACAAAAGUAUUCAUAAGAAAAUGUAAA